UUACAUGCGUGUUUUGGGUUGAGUCCGAAAGAAAACAAGAUUUGGUUAGUAGCUUCAGAUAGACAUCUCGAAGUACAAGUUGGCCGGUUCCCCGCAGACAAUCAAACCCUUGGAUCGGGUAGUGUUUAGUGCCUCAAAGCAAGUGAAACUGUCUGACUUGGAGAGGGCCUGCGCAUUAUUAUCGUCGAAUAAUUACUCAAGUAGUGCUGUAUACACUCGGCGCGUACACACGACUCGGUAGAAAAAUUCCUAUGGAUAGUAAUUUGUGGAUCCGCCGGAUUUAAUGGGAUGAGAUCAGAGCGUUUGUCGGUAGCGCAGAAAUGGAUUUGCCGGGCCGACAGAGAUAAAGAAAUCUUGUUGAGAGUGAAGUGAGCGAGGUACCGUAAAGGAAGCCGAUACAUCGCGCUUUUUACGGCGUUUUCCGGACCUCAGCCGCAACUAUUUUAAAUCAUUUUAUCCCUCGCUAUCAGGGGAUGGUGGUGCUGCCCGGAUGAGGCAAGUUCGACCUAUUGUAGAUUAGAGUAAGUGGGGAAACCUAGAACAGAAAUGCAGUGUUCGUUUAGUGGCAAAAACAUCUGCUAUGGUGAGACGUCAAAAAUGGUUUAAUUAUUGCUAGGAAAGUUCGCGUGUUCACCAAAAACACCAAUGUACAUUAGAUACUAGAGCUACCCACGCUAUGGACUAUUAUAGUGGUUCGGUGUUGUCGGGCUUCGCUAACUGGGGAAGGCAUUUCCCGAUCUACAAUGUUUACGUCUCAUAUUUGCAUUUUCUGUUUAUUGAAGAUGCGAUAAUGUAUUCAGAGAAUUAAUAAAUUAGAAGGUUGGAUCUUAAGGAAUUAAAUAUUAAUGAGAAGCGGAGGCUUUCAGCCUUACGAGCAGGACUUGCUUUGAUAAUUCCAACCUUUCUUGGUUUUAUAUUUUUUUUUCUCUCAAUCCGCACCAUGAGUACCAGUAGUCCAACGGUCUGCUGUAUUUAGCUGAGAGGCGUACGGCGGAUAUGGACGCCAUUUCUGGGAUACCAUCUUUAACGGCAGGAAUUGACAAGGGCCAAGGCACAGGUUAUACGGACAAUUUCAACAACAGCCACGUUCGCCCGAGAGGGCAACCGACCCUUGUAAACAAGCCAGUGCACUUGCACUCAACACAACCACCCGUCGGAGAAGCGACGGAUCGCAUUUUAAUCAACGUUAGUGGGCUAAAGUUUGAGACACACGUACAAACGUUGGAGUCGAACCCUGAUACGCUAUUGGGAAACGCUGUCAAACGGGCAAAAUAUUACGAUUCCGUGCGCAAUGAGUACUUUUUCGACCGUAAUCGACCGGCUUUUGACGCCAUAUUAUUUUACUAUCAAUCUGGAGGGAAACUCCUGAGACCUGCCAAUGUCCCUAUGGACGUGUUCGCGGAUGAAAUCCGCUUUUACGAGUUAGGGGACGACGUUCUACACAAAGUGGAACAGGAAGAGGGAUAUAUAGAGGAGGAAAAGCCCAUUUUACCGGAGAAUAAAUUACAAAGACAGAUAUGGCAAUUAUUCGAGUUUCCAGACACAAGCAUGCCUGCUCGGUUCGUCGCCAUAUUUUCUGUUUUCGUAAUAACGCUGUCCAUUGUGACUUUUUGCAUCGAGACGCUGCCGCAGUUCCAGAAGAAAGAGGAAGAUCUAUAUGUGUCCGUGAAUGGCACCUUGGUACCGGUUGACAAUAGGUUUGACCAGCCUUGGUUUUCUAUGGAGACUGCGUGUAUAAUCUGGUUCACGUUCGAGUACAUCAUGCGGUUGAUAUCCUCCCCGCAGAAACUCAUCUUUAUUCGCUCUUUCCUAAAUAUGAUAGAUAUAGUGGCAAUUCUUCCCUAUUACAUCACGCUACCCAUGCAGGACACGAAAGCCUCGUCGCUCGGUGUUCUCAGGGUCAUUCGACUCGUCAGGGUCUUCCGGAUUUUUAAGCUAUCCCGACAUUCCAGAGGACUGCAAAUUCUCGGUCAUACGUUACGCGCCAGCUUAAGAGAACUGGGUCUGCUGAUUUUCUUCCUACUCAUAGGAGUCAUUCUAUUCUCCUCGGCGGUUUAUUAUGCCGAAGGAGGCGAAAAGGGAACACAUUUUAAGAGUAUUCCGGACGCUUUCUGGUGGGCAGUUGUAACUAUGACAACGGUGGGCUAUGGUGACAUGCGGCCGAUAACUGUAUGGGGCAAAAUUGUGGGUUCACUGUGUGCUAUUUCCGGCGUCUUAACCAUCGCUCUCCCAGUCCCGGUAAUCGUCAGCAAUUUCAACUAUUUCUACCACCGGGAAAAUGAACAGCGCGCGGCCGAGGCAAGCAAAAAGGAAAAAGAGAAAAAAGAGGCGGAAAGAAAGCUAAAGGAAGAGCAAGAAGCUCAACUUGACGAACAGGAGGUUGAGAAAUUAACGAAUUCCACACAGUGGGGAGGAAAACCUCGAUACGAGGCGCUGGACCGCAAUGGUAUGAACGGACCCGAACAUUACACGGAACUCGAACAAAUCACGUCAAUAAAAGACAGGAAAGCGGCGAACAAGGCUAAUACAGCCGUCGUGGCUAAUUCAAUGCCAAUAGUGGACUAUUCUGAUGCCAAAGUGCGCUUUGAGACCGGGGUAUAAACAAACAUAAUACCGGCCGUCCAUAAGGCGUAUGAUAUGGGUGAAUAGACGGAGUAGAAAGCGUGAAAUACACGUGUACACUGUUACCAUCCGAGGCGCGCAACAAAUAAAUAAAGCAGCUUGAAAUCAAGAUUGCUAAUUAUAAGGGAUGAUGUAGCGCACUAGAAUUUUGACGUGUAGUGCGUAAAUUCAAGAGUGGAGUUUAAAUGAGAAGACAAAUAACUAAAAAUUACACGGUCGUGUCGAGCGUCGACCGUCGCGCUUAUGAAAUUCAAUACGCACGAACAGAAUAUGCCUCGCUCACGAUUCAAUUUUUUUUUACAUAGAAUGCUCUAAUUUAUAAUUAAUUAUAUAGUGAGCGACUCGACAACAAGAGAGCUAACUAGUCAGGUUAUAUAGUCCGAAUAAAAAAUACAAGCUGAUCUACGGUUUGUCAUAGAAGUGACAAUGUUUUACACACGAACAGAAGAAUUUGUUUUAGAAAAAAAUAUAUAUGCAAAAUGCCAGUCAGUCUAUUUUCUAUUCUCCCAAUACAACUAUUGCGGGACUAUGAUUGAUAAUUUCAUUUUUGUUCUUACUAUAAAGUGUCAUCAUCAAAAAGUGACAUGAACUUGAUCAUAAUACCAGGCAAAUAGGAAGUGGGUAUCUCCAGUUGUUGUUUUUAUUUUUCGAACCUUUUAAUAAACAUGAUUGGCGGCGUGUGACUGCUGGCAGACCAUGGGAACGAGCGUCAGUCUCAAAUAUGACGAAUUACUCAAAACAGCUUAAUAAAUUAUGGUCAAAUGAUCUUUCCUAGUUAAAAAUACAAACGUUUACUAGAAUUUGUCCUUUCCGUAAGUUACUCAAAGUAACGAUGUAAAACUGGACAAAAAAUUAUGAGUAAAAGUGCCUGCUUUUAUCUGGCUCUAACUAUAACCGCGCUUGUAAAAUCUGUUUUAUGAGCUGUUUGGCGAAAUUGCCAUUUUCUCUGUACAAAAACCUAUGUACGCGAAUACUAAAAAGAAUAAACCUUUCCCUUGCA